AUGUCACGCAGAUAUCGCUAUCAGCGCACACACACUUUUGCCGAGCGCCAGAAGGAGGUGUUGACCAUCCGUGGCCGCUUCCCGCAGCAUGUCCCGAUUGUAUGUGAACCCGCAUCAAGUGACACGGCGCUGGGCGCUGGCGCUAUCUCAGACCGCUACCGUGUGCUGCGGGACUUAGACUGUAGCAAGUUUCUCGUCCCUGGCGACGCAUCCAUGCAGCAGCUCAUGGUUCUUCUGCGUACUCGACUGGUGCUUGAGGCGGAGCAGGCGGUCUUUUUGUUUAUAGACGAUACCGUCCUACCAAAUAGCGCCUGUGUGGGCGACCUCUAUGCGCAGAGGAAGGACACCGAUGGAUUCCUGUACAUGACAUACAGCAUUGAGAGCGCCUUUGGCGGCACCUUCGUGCGGCAGAGGCGGAAGUAG